CAUGAUUCCACUAAUCAUGAUGGCCAUAGCUUUUCUGAUGCUGCAGUUCUCCCUUGUCCACUGUUCUGAAGUUCUGGGUAUCCCAGAUGUAAUCACACCACAGGAGGUGAAGUUCCAGUCGCUGGACUACAUAAAUGUUUUACACUGGAAGCCCAAUGGCCUCUUGUCCAUCGCACCAGAAUAUUUCGUCCAAUAUAAAAUCUAUGGGGAAAAGCAUUGGACCAAUGUCACACACUGCCAGGGCAUCAACCAGCUGCUCUGUGACCUGAGUCAGGAGACAUCAGACCCCCGGGAGUGGUACUACGCCAGGGUCCAGGCAGCCCUCCCAGGGGCCAGCUCCCCCUGGGUCCUCAGCUCCAGAUUCAACCCACACUGGGAGACCUCAGUGAGUCCACCUAGAAUGAAGCUCAAGGUAACAAAGCAAGGCAUUGUGGUCCAGCUUAGAACUCCAAGCUCCCCCUUCGUUAAAAAAAAAGGCAGCUGUGGGUCCAGGAGGAAGUUUCAGAGACUGACUUACAACAUAUAUGUCAUUCAUGAUAACAUGGUGCAGGAAGAGCAUAAAUUGGACAACUGUGUAAGUGAGCUCUUGAUCAAGUACCUGAGCCCAAACACCACCUACUGCCUCCAAGCAGAGGCUCACAUCCAACGUCUGGGUCGCAGCAGUAAAAAGGGUGAGAAGUCCUGCAUCACCACGCUCUGAGGCAAGGGCCCAGCAGCAUCCACAGGUACUGGAUAUGACACGGAGGAUCUAAGACAG